UCCGGGAAAAGUCCGGCAAUAUUAAUAAGCAAAAGUGGGAACAACUUGUUUUUGAUAACAUCACAAAUGGUGUGUACGCGUUGGUCACCGAUCAACCAUUUAAUGAUUAUUAUUAUGCGACCAAACUAUCGCAAUAUCCAAACCUAUAUCGAUCCCAAUUCAAUAGUCUGGUUCUCCCAUAUUUUCUCGCCCUCUCUAAACAUAAUACGCGGAACUUUAAUAACGACGUGAAUUAUAUAAUCUGUUCCCUUUCCGAAAGCGGUAUUUAUGAGUAUUGGGUUAGAAAUACUCUGGAGAUUAAUAACGAAGCCCUCAGACUCGGUAUCAUUGAAUCCAAAGAGAAAUAUCAAUUCUCAUCACUGGAAGUUAAAAGAUAUCGUCGGCCCAAUCGUUACGAUCAUCUCAUUUGCAAACAGAAAAAUUAUGGCAUAGGAAUCACAAGCUCUGCUGUUUUGGUAAAGCUGAAAGAACCGCAUCUUUUACUGAACACAACACCUU